AUGGCGUUCCUCCUCCGUUACUCGUCCGCCAUGCGUGACGCCGUCGAGAUUGAGCUCACUCAGCAGGUUGUUGUAUCGCGCCAUCGAACGCUGAAAUAA